AUGGAAAUUCCGAGGGGUGGGCCUAGACGUCGUGGUGGGGGUGUAAGAGAAGGUAGAACUGGUGAUAGAGACAGGUUCCGUCCCAUAGAGGAGCUUUAUGAUGAUGAUGUAGAGUCUUCUAUCGGUGUACAACCUACUCCGCCCAUGGGUGAAAUGGCUGACCCUGGUCGUCUGUUGAGAUUGGCUAGAGACAUUAAUCAUCUGGGAGCAGCCAAGUUUCAUGGAAGCAUGGAUUACAUGGUGGCUAAUCAAUGGGUCGAGGAUAUGGAGAAUUAUUUUGAGAUGAUGGACUGUAAUGAGAUCGAAAAGAGGAAGUUAGCCACUUUCAUGCUAAAGGGUGAGGCUAGGGUGUGGUGGAAUUGUAUGCAAAAGACCAUUGAUGUGACCACCCUGACUUGGGAUGGUUUUGUGAGACUAUUCCGAGAGAAGUACUUUCCAGCUUCAGUGAGAGAAAAAUUGGAACGGGAGUUCCUCUCACUAACACAAGGGAAGAUGACGGUGACAGAGUAUGAGGCAGAGUUCUCUAGGCUAUAUAGGUCAUGA